AUGUAAUAUUUUUUUUUAUACGACGGUGAUAUUUUCUCCCCACGUAGCACAAUACCACCGACUUUACAUAUUUUUUAACGACUUUAUCCUUUAAUAUUUUAUGUGAAAUGUUAAUAAUUUAGUUUUUUUUAAAUUUUUGAAAAGAAGACAAACAACUUUAAUAUAUAAUAGGAUGGCUUCACGAGGCGGACAUGUCACAGGCACUGAUGGAAACGAUUUUGAAUUUAGGCAGCAAGUUGCAGCACCUCAUCAAGUUAGCUUAUUAAACAAAUCGCGACUGAAGUACUGCAUUUUCUUUCAUGCGCUCUUAUUUUUUGUUAUGUUAGCAAAGCUAACUUCUGACAUACUUGACCGUUUGGAUAUUUUUGUGUUAGAAAUUGAAGAAUUGGAAGUUCCAACGCCGCUUUGGUGGGAAUACAUAUGGCUGGCAUCUUUAUUAACUUCAUUUUUGGGCUUAUCUGCAGCACGAGGCAACAAAAUUCGUGACAUGCAAAAGUAUAUGAUUGCAAUUGGGCUUUUCUCGGUACUGCCAUUAUUUUACUGUUUUAUUUACUAUUUUGGUGAUGUGUGGGAAUAUUUAACUAUGGAUAAAGAUGCUGAUUUAGAUGAAACUGAUAUAUUUAUUUGGAGGGGAAUGCCUUAUGGUUUACUUUGGUACGCUUUUUGUUUUGUUGGUUUUCAAGUACAUGGCUUUACACUAUACUUUUCCUAUAAUUUGGUUAAAGCUUGGAAAGCUAGAACUGCUGCCAGAAAAUAUCAGUAAACAAAAAGUAGCGAUAUUAACAUUUUAAUUUAUUGAAUAGCAAAAUUUUAAAAAUACUCUCGAUGUAUUUGCAUAGCUGCAAAUACAAUAUUCCGAUCGAAAAUGUUUUAUAAAAAGCUAUAUAAUUGACA